AUGGCUGAUAAUGUCCAAGUAGUACCCGUUGAUGAACCAGCCACCACCACCGCCACCGCCACAGCCACCUCAACAUCAACCACUGAGCCAGAAGUCAGAAGCUCCGAUCAAAUGGAGUCACAAAACCACAAGCCACCCGUUGGAAUGUUGGUUACAAUCGUAAACAUUUUCGCCAUCGGUGUUCUUCCCAUCUUCACCUUCUUUCUUUCUCUUACACUCCUUGGCUACGCUGUGUGGCUCCUCUACAUGCGUAGCUACGACUGCGAAGACAUCCUCGGCUUGCCACGUAUCCAGACCAUCGCUAGCGUCGGUCUCCUCGCCGUGUUCGUAGUCAGCAACGCGGCUUUGUUUCUUCGAAGGAAGUUUCCUAUGCCGGCACUAGUGGUGAUGGUGGUGAUUCUUUUGCUGAUGAUGUUCAUCGGUUUGGCUUAUGCUGGAGUCAAUGAGAUGCAGAGCAGACGGUUCCCGGCGACUGCGAGGUGGUUUAAGCUCAAAGUUAUGGAUGAUGUGAAUUGGAACAAUAUCAAAUCGUGUGUCUACGAUAAGGGAGCAUGCAACGAGCUUGUUUACCAAUCUCCUAAAGAGAAGCCUUACAAUAGAAGAAAAAUGCCACCAAUAAAGAAUGGAUGUUGCAUGCCCCCGGAGACAUGUAACAUGGAUGCGUUAAACGCGACGUUUUGGUAUAGGAGAAAAGACGAGGGUCCACCGCUGGAGACAGAGGUCCUGUAUGAUGGGAUGGUCGGAAUACUAAGCGACUGUGAGCUGUGGAGGAACGAUUGGAGUGUGAUGUGUUAUGAUUGUAGAUCAUGCAAGUUCGGAUUCAUAAGAUCUGUAAGAAGGAAAUGGUGGCAGCUUGGUGUGUUCUUAGUUGUCAUCUCUAUUCUUCUUCUCAUCUCUCACCUCUUGAUCUUCUUAGCCACCUUUUGGGAAAGAUUCAAUGGUCAACAACCAUCAUGA